AGGCUCCGGCAAAACUCAUGGACGAUUACUUGAAGAGGUUGCUGCUCGAUCACCUGCUGCCCCUGAAUUCCAGGCACACGAACGGGAUGAAUUCAAUUCUUUGCCACGUUCCGAGAACACCACUUGUCGCGACUUCAUCCCACAGUUGAAAAAGGAGGUAUCACGUUGCACAUACAGUGAUCGUCUGGAUGAACAAUUGUGUGACCGUUUGGAGGCAGAUAUAAACAACUUGACACCACAAAGGAGAUUGCUGGAAAAGAAGGAUCUGGCGUUCGCAAAGGCACAAAAGAUCUGUGAACAACACGAUGAUAUAAUACAAGCAACUUCCAGUGGAUCGGACACGUUAUUACAACGGCACUAA